AUGGAUGCCACUGAGCUCUCCUUUGGAAUCGUGAUUCUGACCCAGCUCAGCCUUGGUCUCUCAGUCAACCUCUUCCUCCUCCUGUUUUAUAUUCACGUGGUCUCCACCAGCCACAAGCCCAGCUCCUCUGACCUGAUCCUGGCCCACCUGGCCUUGGCCAACACCAUCAUCCUCCUCACCAUUGGAAUCCCCGAGGUCAUGUCAGCUUGGGGGCUGAGAAAUUUCCUGGACGACGUUGGAUGUAAAGCCCUCAUGUACCUUUAUCGGGUGGCCCGGGGCCUCGCCAUCUGCACCACCUGCCUCCUGAGCGUCUUUCAGGCCGUCACCAUCAGCCCCGGCACUUCCUGGUGGGCAGGAAUCAAAGCUAAAUUACCGAAGUGCAUCUUCCCUUCCUUCCUCCUCUCCUGGGUCCUCAAUUUGCUCAUAGAAUUGGAUACGGCGAUAUACAUGAUAAGCCCCCAGACCAAUGGCAGUUUUCAAAUCAUGUUGGAUAUCAAAUAUUGCUCAGAAAUUGGUGUCAAUGAAGAAACUACCCUAGUAAUUACUGUGGUCCUUUUCCUGCGGGAUCUGUUCUUCGUGGGACUCAUGAGCUUGGCCAGCGGUUACAUGGUGCUUGUCCUGCACAGACACCACCGGCAGGUCCAGCACCUCCACGGACCCGGACGCUCCCCCAGGGCGAUGCCCGAGAUCAGAGCGGCCAAGAGAGUCAUCGCCCUGGUCACCCUCUAUAUCCUCCUCUACGGACGGCAGACCAUCAUGCUGAGUAUCUUACUAAACAUGAAAAAAAGCUCUCCUUUGCUUGUGAAGAGCCAUCUGGUAUUUCUACUCACCUUCUCUACCUUGAGUCCGUUCCUGAUAAUUCAUGGUGACAGGAGGAUAAGGACAUUCUGGAAAAGGGAAUCUUCUACGUCCAACCCAGAUCACUUUUAA